AACGAGUACUACGUCAUAAAAAUAAAACAAAAAACAUUUCUAACAUAUACUAAAUAUGGGCCGCGUUUUCCUCGAGCAUAUUGGCGGCUCAAAACUGUUCAAUUGUGCAAGUUGCCAAACUAAUCUUACCAAUCGCAGUCAAUUGAUUAGCACGCGGUUUACAGGUGCAACGGGUCGUGCUUAUCUUUUCAAACGAGUAGUUAACCUGACCUUUAGCAGUGUGCAAGAGAGGGUUAUGCUUACAGGUCGGCAUAUGGUAAGAGAUGUAAUGUGCAAAAGUUGUGAUGCCAAAUUGGGUUGGAUGUAUGAAUAUGCCACCGAAGAUGCACAAAAAUACAAGGAAGGGCGUGUUAUUCUAGAGUACGCACUAAUUAACGAGACAGAGGGUUUUCAGGGUGAAAGCGGUACAGUUCAUUAAACUAAAUUAAUUUGUGUAGAAUUUUCAUUAAUUUAUCACAACAUGUCAAAUCCGAGAACACUGAAAACUCGACAGACCCUAAUAGAAUUAUUUGCAUUCUUAGUUAUUAGUCUUCUUCGUUAGUAUUCAACAAUUACCAAAAGUUGCAUUUGCAUUAAGUUAGUAAUUUAAUUGUCACUUGGCUACACUACGUUAAAAAUCGCAGUAUCUAUUUUUUAUUCUAAGGACGUAA